CAAACGCCACGCCCACGCUUCAAGCAGCUAGGAUCAGCGGGCAUUGACGUGGAUACAUGGCAUUAGUUGCAAUAUGUGGAGGAAAGUGACGACACGUCACUGCUACUCGCUGUAGCCGACCGGGACACACCAAAACUUAGGGGGCUCGUCGACCGUUGUACCGGCGGAUCGCUCGAUAUCAACUACUACAAUCCCGAAUUGGGAUCGGCGCUUGAAUUGGCUGUAACUCUUGAAGAUGUUACGACCGUGGAUAUCCUCUUAGCAGGAGGUGCUAGCCCGUGGGCACCGCGUGGCUGCUCGCCUCCAAGAAGGUCGCCAAUCUUGGCUGCCAUUCAAACAGGCAACAAUUUCAUCUUCCAAAGACUGCUCAACCACGCCGGGCUUGGAGAUUAUGACGCAUCCUGCUCGGAAUAUCAUAUCCUGCUUGUGAAAGCUAGGAAUCACGGUUAGGUAGGCAUAGUUGAAGCCAUUUUGUCGCGCCGCGCUCAUUGGGCCGACAAUCUGAUAGAAUUCCUUCUUCAUUCCGCUGCUGGAGCCUGGCAUUCUCCCAUAGUCCGUUUGACGCUCGACGAAUUCGACUUCUCACCAGGCCAGCUAAAUCGCGCGUUGGACCGCGUUAUCGAUCUUCCCACCAACUUGCUUAACGAGCCGCCCUGUGCAGCCCAAGGCAUCGCCUUUUUGCAGCAGCAGGAGGCUAUCGAGUUGCUUCUUGAUGCUGGUGCAGAUUUGAAGAGUCUCAAGAAUCCAGUUAUUAGAACUGCUGCUCUGGUCAAUUUGGUAUUCGCCCUCAAUACGCUAUUGGAACACGGGGCCGAUGCCAACGAGCGUUGCCCUGAUAUAUAAACAACGGCUCUACAUCUUCUCGGCAGACCUGUCGGCGUUACCGGGGGGCCAAAACGCACCCUAUACGAAAUGGGUAUUCGGCUUUUAUUGGACCAUGGUGUCGACGUCAUGGCACGAGAUACGGCUGGAAAUACACCCUUGCACUAUGCUGCCUUUGGCGCCAAUGCGCAAGUCUUGCGUCUUAUGAUGAACAAGGUACCUGCGUUUGCUAGCCUGUUAAUCAUAAACUUGAAAAAUGAUGGUGGCGAAACCUUAUUGCACUGGGCCACUGCGGGCAAGAAUUAUGAGAUUGUUUCCUAUCUUCUCUCAGAAGGCGCCGAAGUCAAUGCUGUCAACGAUAACGGCUGGACGCCACUCCUAUGUGCCAUUGUGCCAUCACCUGCUACCGAGAUCUCUGGCCCCGGGUCCAAAUUACAUAUCGUAGUAGAAACCGCGAAUUUGCUUCUAGAGCACGGCGCAGAUGCAUGUGUUGGCUCAGCUGAAGGAUGGACACCAUUGCACUUGAUAGCGGCACAUACAGAUACUGGAGAGAGCGACCUAAUGACCGAGCUUGCUGCUGAUCUCAUUGCGAGGGGCUCCCCUAUGACGCAACGGGCUGCAAAGCAACCGCCAUUUGAGUUUACAAUCUCUGGCGGCUCUGACCUUGAUAACCUCAACGUUGGAAUAUGGGGUUCACGCGCCGCAACUUACGCGUCAGAAGGAGGAGACCCUCAUGUUGAGCUUCAAGCUGCGACACUGCUGCACUGGGCAGCGCAUUACGGUGCUGUUGGCACUGCAUCUGUGCUCAAGACACCUGGUGCGGAUAUACAAGCCAAGAAUUCUCGAGGUCACUUCCCAGGUCAUCUAGGCGUUGAGUCACGCCGUCUCAGCACAUCACGCCCUCAUGCAGAUAUAAGGCUGUUACAGCUUUUGGCUACAGAUGGCAUACCUGGACUUCAGUUUUACACAGAACUUGACUAGUUGUAAUAAAUAAUGAUGGAAAUAAAACUAAUGAUCUAUUUGGGUCUUCGUGGUCUG